GUUCUUGAGGGACAGGCAGCCGAGCGAGCUGUGGAGCCCUAAUCCCCAGCCUCGGUCUCCCAAAUGCGCUGAGCUGUGCUUCCAAUACGCCAUUCAGUCAGAGAAAGUCAGACCAGCGCCAACUCAACAUGGGUUAGAGGAAGCCUACACAGACCCACUGUGGACCAUUCUGCCAGGAUGGGAGAAGGGAUCUUGCUGGACCUUUUUCCACGAAUAGAAAAGGGAAGCAGAAAUUGAGAUCUAAAGUCGGCUGAUAUUUUUUCGUCUUUUUAGUUUCUUUUUUCUUUUCUUUUCCUUUUGUGAGAAAUGAUCGCAGAGUUGAUCAGCAGCGCUGUAGCUUUGGUCCUGUAUCUCAACACCCUGAGCGCUGAUUUCUGCUACGAUGACAGCCGUGUGAUCAAAACCAAUCAGGACUUGCUCCCAGAAACUCCCUGGAUCAACAUCUUUUACGAUGACUUCUGGGGGACCCUCCUCACCCAUAGUGGCAGCCACAAGUCGUACCGGCCCCUCUGCACCCUGUCCUUCCGCCUGAACCAUGCCCUGGGUGGUCUAGAUCCCUGGGGCUACCAUUUGGUCAAUGUGGUGCUCCACAGCUUCGUCACCGGCCUUUUUGCCAGCCUGUCCCGCCUCCUGCUGGGCGAGAGCCGCUGGACCUUGCUGGCCGGCCUGCUGUUCGCCUCUCAUCCCGCGCACACUGAGGCGGUCGCGGGAGUGGUCGGCCGGGCCGACGUGGGCGCGGCGCUCUUCUUCCUGUCGUCUCUGAGGUGCUACUCGCAGCACUGUGCCACGAGGCCGUGCUCGGCCUGGCACUGGGCCCUGCUGCUGGGCAGCCUGGUCUGCGCGGCCUGCAGCAUGCUGUGGAAGGAACAAGGGGUCACCGUGCUGGCUGUGGCUGCCGCCUACGACUUCUUCAUCUUCCACCGGCUCAAGCUUCGCCAGAUCGCAGUCCUCCUUUUUAAGAGGAGAAAUGUCAGCCUGCUUCUGCGAGUGACUUUGCUGGCUUGCUGGGGGCUUGUUCUCCUGGCUGUCCGCCUCUAUUGGAUGGGCAACAAACCGCCGAGCUUCUCCAACUCCGAUAACCCAGCGGCCGACUCGCCCUGCAUCCUGACCAGGACGUUGACUUUCCUCCACCUGCCGGCCUUCAACAUGUGGCUGCUCCUGUGCCCACACACCCUGAGCUUUGAUUGGUCCAUGGACGCCGUGCCCCUCCUCAGGAGUGUUAGUGAUUGGAGAAACCUUCAAACUGUGGCCUUCUAUAUUGGAUUGCUGCUCCUGGCGCGGUUUGGCCUUCGGAGUCCGGCCAAGAACAGAGAGACCAAUGGGAAGGCUCACAUCACAAAUGGGAAGUCCUGCACCAAUGGGCACAGUUACCAUGCAGGUUCCAGUUUCCAAAACUCAGACUCAGAACUCUCAAGAAAUAUAGAAAAUGGGACGAAAAAAUCCAGUCAUCUAAGGACUACACUGCCCACCACAGAGAAUGUGGUUGUAUUUGCUCUCAGCUUGUUGUCCAUUCCCUUCCUGCCUGCCACUAACUUAUUUUUCUAUGUGGGCUUUGUAGUAGCAGAAAGAGUGCUUUAUAUACCCAGCAUGGGCUUCUGCCUGCUGGUGACUGUGGGCAUUAGAGCCAUGUAUAUCAGGCUUAGUCGAAGAUCCUCCAAAACACUGUUAAUGUACUGCAGCGCUUUGUUGGUAAUUCUCUACGGGAUCCGGACUGUGAUGAGGAACCGAGACUGGCAGAAAGAGGAGAUGUUGUACAAGUCAGGAGUAACUGUGAAUCCUGCAAAAGCAUGGGGAAACCUCGGGAAUGUCCUGAAGAAUCAGGGAAAGGUGGGGGAGGCCGAGAGGGCCUACCGAAAUGCCCUGUACUACCGCAGGAAUAUGGCUGACAUGCUGUAUAACCUGGGUUUGCUGCUACAGGAGGGAAACCGGCCGUCAGAGGCCCUGCAUUACUAUAAGCUUGCGAUCGGGAGCAGGCCGACGCUGGCCUCUGCCUACUUGAACAUGGGGAUCAUCUUGAUGGACCAAGGCCGCAUGGAUGAGGCCAAGAGGACGUUCCUGACCUGUGCCGACAUUCCCGACGAGAACCUGAAGGACCCUCAUGCUCACCGGAGCUCGGUGACCAGCUGCCUGUACAACUUGGGCAAGCUUCUUCAUGAGCAGGGCCUCCAGGAGGAAGCCCUGUCUGUAUACAAGGAGGCGAUCCAGAAAAUGCCCAGGCAGUUUGCCCCUCAGAGCCUCUACAAUAUGAUGGGAGAGGUUUACAUGCGGCUCAACCAGCUGAAUGAGGCUGAGUACUGGUACAAGGAGUCCCUGAGGGCCAAGCCUGACCACGUCCCCGCCCACCUGACCUAUGGCAAGCUCCUGGCCCUCAUGGGGCAGAAGACUGAAGCAGAGCGAUACUUUCUGAAGGCGAUCGAAUUAGAUCCCACUAAGGGAAACUGCUACAUGCAUUAUGGCCAGUUCCUGCUGGACGAGUCCCGUCUGUCGGAGGCCGCAGAGGUGGCGGAGAAGGCUGCCCAGCUGGAUGGUGCUGAAUUUGACGUGGUCUUCAAUGCAGCCCACGUGCUCAGGCAAGCAAGUCUCAAUCAAGCAGCAGAGAAAUAUUAUGGUCUUGCAGCAACCCUGAGACCAAAUUACCCAGCCGCCUUGAUGAACCUAGGGGCCAUCCUGCACUUGAACGGGAAGCUCCAGGAGGCCGAGUACAAUUACCUGAGAGCUCUGCAGUUCAAGCCGGACGAUGCCAUCACCCAGUCCAACCUGCGCAAGUUGUGGAAGAUCAUGGAGAAACAGGGGCUGAAGACGGCCGGCCCAUGAGCAGCCUAGGUGGCAUCAGGAAGUUAGAGUUUUAUUCUUUAAGUGCUACAAGAAUAGAUAUGCAGGCCUAUCUAAUGCUCAGUAUCAGUCGUCCAUAGAAGAAUGAACAAGGUGGCCAUUGUGGGGAACCUCAAGAUUUUCACACUCGCUUCUUUGCAGAAAUAUCUUUUGAGCAAGAUCAAUUCACUUGGAGCAGGCAGUAGCCAUAACAGCUUACAGUGGAUGAGUAUUCGCAUUUUUAUUGCAUUGUCAUAGUAACUGGACAAAUUGACUUAAUGGAACUCUUCUGUAAACCUGAAAAAUCUGUAUACUGCCAUAUCCAAAUAUUUAAACCAUUCUUACAACUGAAUAUAAAUAUUUUAACAAAAGUCUUUUCAUUUACAGAAUACCACAAGCAAACAAAUAUGUUUCCCUUUUCACAUAUCCAGACGUUGGAUGUCUGUCGUUGUGGUGUUGUGAUUUUGUUAUGUUACUUCCAAAUGUUUGAAUAGUUAUGAAAUAAACAUUUUUUUUUUUUGGGGGGGGGGGUGCUGAUUGGGAUGAAUUGUUUGUUCAAGUGGAAAUGCCUUACAGUUUUACUGCAUUUCAUGAACGUUAAUUAAAGGUGCUUUAAUUAUGCUGAGUGUGUAAAUAGGAUGUAGAAUUUGUUAUAUUACACGAAAAUUGCUAUUCCAGAUACAGUGAAGCAGUAGAGCAUUUUCUAGACAUGGUACACAGUUCUUAGAGAAGCAGCCUUCAAACACAGUGACAGUGAAACUGUAAGACAUGGUUAGUAACUCCCCUAACCAGCCACACUCACCUACUGCACUCCCUUAAGAAUAAAUAAACUAGUAUCUGUGAAAGACUGUAAAUUUAACUUGCUUUUUUAUUUGCUGUUUCAUCUGUAUGUAUAUAAAUGAGCAUUAAUAUAUAUACUUGGAAUGAUUGCAAACCAAGGAAACUGAAUAUUUCUGGAUAUAUUUUAGAUAUUUUCUUCCUUAUUUCAUAUUCCUGUAUUGUCAGUUAUUUAGAUGUUUAGAUGUGAGAAGUUUGUCUGCAUUCACAGUGAACAUUGCCAAUAUUUGGCCAUAUGAUAGACUGAAGAUCCCUUAUGACUGCUACUAUUUUGCAUUUUGUUGAUUCUGUGGAAGGGUUUGUCUAUAUCCGUGCCAAAAAGGUAACAUCUGACUUUUUUGUGAUUUUUUAAUUUUACUUUUUAAAAAAAUAAUUUUCAGGUUCCUAAUCUUAAUUUAUUAUGUACCAUGCUGUCAUGCUUGUAUAAUUUGUCUCCAAAAUGCCUUGAGAGGAGAAGAGACUAACAUAUUGCAUUUAUUAAUAAACCAUGCCAUCUGUUGUGUGGAAU